AGAGGAGAAAGCCAGAGCUGCUGGGAGCCAACUGGCUGGAGUUGCUGCUGGGAUCACUAAGAACACUCCUGUUGAAACUGACUCCUCCAGCACAAGAAAAGGUAAAAUAUCACAAUGAAGGUGGCAGUUCUAUGUCUAUGCCUUAUUGGCAUCACCGCUGCAUGGCCAGUGAGUAAAUUCAACCAGCAUGCCAUUUCUGCCAGCUCUGAAGAAAAAUAUGAUCCCAGGGGCCACGACUCACACAGAUAUCAGCAUCACCAUGCAAAUUCUCAGUCUUGGGAGAGUAUGAAGCACCCACAGAAUGACCUGGCAUCACCUCGGCAGACUCUUUACUCUUCAGAAGAAAGCGUAGAUGUCCCAGCGCAACCAAACUUUCCUGAUGUAUCAAGCAAGAGCCAUGAAGAUGCGGAUGAUGACGACGAUAAUGACUCCAAUGACACGGAUGAAUCUGAUGAGGUUGUUACAGGUUUUCCCACGGACAUUCCAGUAACCGUUCCCUUCCCUCCUUUCCCUUUCACCUGGGGAGACCAAGCUGGCAGAGGUGACAGUGUGGCCUACAGGGUGAGGGCAAAAGCCACAGUGGUGAAGUCCAGCAAACUCCGCAAAGCUGCAAAAAAGCUCAUUGCGUAUGAUGCCACUGAGGAGGAUGUGAGUGCCCUGGAUGCAGACAGCCAGCAAGCAGGAAGCCAGGAGGGUCCUGCAGCCCUCCGCUCCCUGGGGAAGCAUGGCAUCAGCGGGGAAUGGGCUGACAAGAGCCAUCAGCAGGACAGUAACAAGCAGGACAGCAAGCAGCGUGACCAGAGCAUGGAAAACGACAGCCAGCAGAAAUUUGAUAGCCAUGAGGUGGAAGGAAAUUAUAGCAAGGAUAGCCAACAGAGCAUGGAAAGCAGGGAAAGCCAGGUCCUUGUUUCAGCUGAGAUUCCUGAUGAUAACAGCAAUCAAACAGUGGAGAGCACUGAGGACGCUCAAGAUCGUCCCAGCAUCGAAAAUAAUGAAGUCACCCUUUAAAGGGAGACAAAAUGCAGUUAUUUCCCUUCUUUUUCAAUUCCUACCUACAGGGAUGGGGGAGUAGCUUCAAUUUCGGGUAACUGCUUGUAAAUGUAGAGCGUGUGGUGCCUUUUCAGGUUUGGGAUAGCUUCUUUACCCGGUGGCCUCCCCUCAGCUGCCAGUAGUGCCAGCCCUCUACAUGGCACAUGGUGUCAGCCUCAGGGGCUGCAGCUGGCAGAGGUGCAGGGAUGCAAGGUAAAUGCUGUCAGAUGCACCAUGUGAGUGUUGCCUCUCCGGCCUGCUGCUUGCUGUGCUGCCAGCCUGUACUUUGCUGUACUGGAUCUCAAUAAAAACACAAACCCUG